GACAGUCCUAAUGACCCUGAGCCUUACCACACAUCAGCCCUGACCAGGCAAGAGUGGGUCAUCGAAUUGAUUCUUGGUCACCCAGAUCACAUCCGUUGUGAGCUUGGGGUCAAUAUUCAUGUCUUCAAGAGAUUGAUACAUACUCCUGUAGUUUCCUUAGUUUGA